AUGGCCAGCUAUCGUGCAGGCGCCCAGCUAUGGCGGUCAAUCGCUCGCAAUCCGUGUCUCCCACGCCGCUACUCGUCCAAACCCCAGAAUCUCGACAUUGAAUCCAUCUUAGCUGAGCCAAGCUGGUCUGUCCGCUCUCUACUUCCAAACAAAGCUGCAGAGCAAUCAGAAACAACUGUCACCCCAAAGCAAUUGCGCCAUCUCCUUCGCCUAUCAGCUCUUCCCCAACCAUCCAGCCCCGAACAAGAGCAGUCCAUGCUACGGACCCUCGAAUCACAAAUACACUUCGUGCAAGAAAUGCAGCGAGUUGAUACAACGGGCAUUGAGCCACUGCGCAGUAUCCGAGAUGAGAGCCCGGCCGCAAGGAAGGAAGUGACCAUUGGGCUUGACCGGCUCAAAGAUGCCUUUGCCAAAGAGCUCGUGAGUGGGCGAAGGCGGAGAGUUCAGCGUGUGCCCAGUGCAAGGAAUGGUCGCCCUGAAGAAGCUAUCUGGAAUGGAAAUGCCCUUGAGUCCGCUUCUAAGAAGAAAGGACCCUAUUUCGUUGUUGAGACGGGCAGCGGCCAAGCUUCCUGA